CAUUAAUUUUGAUCUGAAAUAUUCCAAUUAUUUUCAGAGAGCAAAAAAAGCCGCAAAAAUCCACGAAAAUGGCCACAAAAUGGGCACAAUUUGUCAUUUUGGCAAUCCUAUUGAGCAUAGCACCGUUAGGCCAAGCCAUUCCAAGUCAAACCGAAGAAGCAGUCGACAAAUGGUUCAAAAACCUUCCACAUGCAAAACCCAAAUACGAAAAGCUUCACUUUUUCAUCCACGAGCUCGUCACCGGCCCUAAUAUAACCAUCGUGCCUGUCGCGAAAUCCAAUUUCACCGAUAAAUUGUCAUCUCGAUUCGGAUUAGUAUAUGUUAUCGAUGAGCCAUUAAAGGUGGGAGCCAGUCCGGAUUCGGAGACAAUCGGCCGCGUCGAAGGGCUCGAUGUUUCGUCGUCGAAAGAGAAGCUAACUAUGCUGGCGGCAUUUAAUUUUGUCGUCACUAAAGGCCAACACAAAGGCAGCACUCUCAGCGUUUUGGGACGCCUGGCGGAUUAUUCCGACAACCACGAGUUUCCGAUAUUGGGUGGCUCCGGUGAUUUCAGGCUGGCACAAGGAUUUAUCGUUUUUAAAGUUUACUCGGUUGAUCCCGCCACUGGAAACGUUAUUGUUGAAUGCCGCGCACAAUUUCUGCAUUACUGAUGAUGAUUAUAGUACCUCUUGAUUAAAAAUAUGCAUCACUUUCGCCAUUUAAUUUAAUCAAUACAGUUUAAUUUAAAGGGGAAACAAUAAAAUGAAUAUAUUGGAUUAAGAUAGAAAGGAUUUGGAUGUCUGUACUUCAGAGUGUUAGUAUCUAAACUGUUUAUAAAUAUAUUUAACAACAAAAUGAGUUAGAUUCUAUGUUUUGCAUUCUUCAUCAAUGUGAUUAGCAUGUAAUUCAAUUAGUUGAAAAAAAGAAAGAUAAAUACUUCAGUAUAUGUGUUGUAGUUUGAGAAAUAUUUUUCCUUUUUUUUUUUAAUUACGCACCCGAUGUUUUACUUUAAGAAAUAUUAAAAUUGAAG